AUGGCGCUGUCGUCGUCGGUCCCGGCGGACAUGAAGGCCUGCAAGAGCUUCCUGCAACGGGCCGAGGAGCUGGACCGCGCGAGCGACCCCAACGCCAAGGUCGUGGCCUACCACUGCCGCCAGUACGCCAUGGAGCUGGGCAUCGCGCUCCGCGACCGCGCGGCCGACGCCGAGGCCGCGACGGCGUUCCUGCUCGGCCUCAUGGACGCGCUGGAGCACGAGAAGAAGGCGCUGGGCGACGUGAGCCGCGAGGACGGCGAGCAGAUCGUCUUCCAGUUCGCGAGCGACGUCUUCGCGCGGGCCGACGCCGAGGACCGCGCGCGCGCGGCGACGAAGAACACGGCGCGCACCUUCUACGCGGCGUCCGUCUUCUUCGACGCCCUCAAGCAGUUCGGCGAGCGCGGCGAGGAGGUCGAGGAGAAGACGCGCUACGCGAAGUGGAAAGCGACCGAAAUCCUCAAGGCCAUCAAGGAGGGCCGCGAGGUCGCGCCCGGCGGGCCCGGCGACGAGCCGGAGCUGCCGGACAUCCCCGCGGCCCACGACGCCAUCCCCGCGGCGCCGGCCGCGCCGCCGGCCGCGCCGCCGCCGCCCGCGUUCGCCGCGCCGCCGCCGCCCGCGUACGACGCCUACGCGCCGCCGCCCGCGGCGCCGCCGCCGGCCGCCGCGCCGCCGCCGCCGCGCGCCUACUCGCCGCCGCCGCCCGCGGCGCCGCUGAACUUCGCGCCGCCGCCCGUGCAGCACCCGGGCAAGGUGCCCACGAAGGCGCAGUUCGACGACGCGAUCGAGUACUGCAAGUUCGCCAUCGCCGCCUGCGAGGUCAAGGACACGGCCCUCGCCCUCGACCGCCUCCGCGGCGCCUUCACGAGCCUCUCCUGA